GGUCCUUGCAUCUCGACAAGAUGUCUCCCCUAGAGAUCGUUCAAACGUUUGUUCGUGAAGAGGCCUAUGUGCAACAAGCGCUUGAGAAAUCCACGCCGGCGAUCGCGAGGGCAUUGGAACUUAUUUCUGCACGCAUAAAUGCAGGUGGACGCAUGUUUUAUGUUGGUGCAGGAACGAGUGGCAGGCUGGGUGUCCUUGAUGCAAGUGAAAUCCCGCCGACUUUCGGCGAAAGCCCGAACACUUUCCAAGGAAUUAUCGCCGGUGGUUUGAGGGCCUUGCACCGAAGCGUGGAAGACGCAGAAGACAGUGCAGAAGCAGGUGCUGCAGCCUUGCGGGCAAGAGGUGUAUCUUCAUCUGACGUAGUUUGCGGAAUCGGCGCUAGCGGUCGCACCCCAUUUGUCAUUGGCGCACUGCGGGAGGCACACACAUUGGGAUGCGUCACCGUAUUCAUCACAUGCAAUCCAGCUCGAGAUAGAACCGACUUUCCCUGCGACGUGGACAUAGACUUGGACACUGGUCCAGAGAUCCUCACGGGCUCUACCAGACUCAAAGCAGGAACAGCAACAAAGGUGUGUUUGAACGUUCUCAGCACUGGCGCCAUGGUGCUUGGUGGACGCGUGGAGUCCAACCUGAUGGUUAGUCUGCAGGCGACGAAUGUCAAAUUGCGAGACAGAGCUGCUCGUUUAGUGGCUCAACAACGAAAUAUGGACUAUGAUGAAGCUCGGGAAUUACUGCGCAAGAAUGAGUGGGACGUUGUCCGAGUCUUGAAACUUAUUGAUCAUUGACUCGCCAACACAUGUGUAAGAGCAAGACGUACGGGGAACUAUCUACCAAGGAAAAUAACUGAAAUGCGUCCGUCAUUCACCGCGUAUAUAACAUACUCGGAAUGACGUCGUGAGUUUCAUUUGAAGAAAUGUUGGAAUGAGAUACAGUAUUUGAGCAGCA